AUGCCUGAACCAGGACAGCGGUUGAGUCAGAUCUCAGCUUCAAAAGGGGGGUCUGAUGGUCGACCGGCCAGCAAAGAUGGAAAAAAGGAGCUCUGGUCUUCCAUGCUUCAUGCUGGAGCGAGCGGUAAACGCUUGCCAGAAAAGACGUUACUAGUCCUCGGUGGUACGCCAGAGAGUCAGCGGGAGUUCCUAGCGACGUUAUCUACCGAUCACACCGAGCCCGGACUACCUUCAGAGCGACGAAAGCAAAAGGCACCACCCAUUGCGAACCAGUUUGCGCUCGGGUAUACAUACCAGAAUGUUCUUGAUGCUGAGCAGGAAGAUAUCCUUGCCAGGAUUUCAAUCUAUCUACUCUCGGAACCAUCAGCAUCUUAUGCUCCUCUUCUCCGGCCCUUAAUUAACCCGAAGACAGUCCCUGAGAUGCUUAUAGUUUUUCUUCUGGAUUGGGAAAACCCCUGGACAUGGGUUAGAGAGCUGAGAGAAUGGGUCCGACUAUUGCGCUCAGUUCUGAUAUCACUAGAUGAUGAGACGAAAGUUGUUAUGGAAGAGGUUAUGAGUGACUGGAAGGACCGCAGAAGAGGAUUGGAUCCUUCUCAUGUUCCCGGAUCUGGCCCGGUAUCCUCUAUACCUUUAGGGCCUGGAGAGUGGGAUGAAGGAUUAGGCAUUCCUACAUGCGUUGUUUGUCAGGGUGCGGAAAAGAUUGAACAGCUAGAGAAGGAUCAUGGCUGGAGAGAAGAAGAGUUCGAUUACAUCCUACAGUUCAUGCGAACAAUACUUCUUAAACAUGGAUCAUCAUUAAUAUAUACCACACGAUUCUUGGCCAAUUCACUACAGGGUUUGAUACAGUCUUCGCUGGGUAUUCACUCGCUCCUAAAACGACAAUCUCUCAAACAUAAUGUCAUCGACAGAGACAAGAUAUUAGUUCCCUCAAAUUGGGAUUCAUGGGGCAAGAUAAGAAUCAUUAGAGAAGGGUUUAAUAUUGAAGGUGUUGGGACGAGCUGGUCCGUUGAAAUACAAGGGCCACCAGAAUCCCUGAAGCGGUCCAACAUAGGGGACGAUGAAGAGACUAAAGAGCGCGAGGAUCUAGAGUCUGAGGCCAGUGCAGUGGCCAUUUAUGAACAAACUAUCAAGGACCCUAAAGGCACGGCAUUGAUAUCCCGUGCCAGGCAGUCAGAAGGCAGUCAGAUUGAAGUGACAACGGUUGAUUCCCAGGCAUUCUUGACAGAGCAGGUUGAGGUACUUGAACAGCUUAAAGCAGAGGAUGAGAAACAAGAAAGGCAGAUGCGCAAGGGAAGCAGUGUCAUUAAGGACACGGACAUGAUGAUGGGCAUAGACGACAUGAACCGGGUAAACGAGCAUAUCGGCCCUGUCCAGUUUAAUAUGGGUGGUAUCCAAGUUGAUGCCGAUGACAUGCUAAGGAGACUAAAGGAGAGAGAAGCUAGUCGCGCGUCAGCAAGGAGCGGCUCCGUAUCACCAACACCUCCAGGCGGGCCCACAUCUCCCGGAAUACCUCCUAUCGGGCAAGGUACCGACGGCAAGCUUGGUAACGAAGGGCUAGCUACAUUCUUUGCAGGCCUAAUGAAGAAAUCCGGUGGUAGCCCAAGGUCUAACACAGCCACUUAG